AUGAGGUCGUUUUCCCAUAUAACCAAAUGCAUGUUCUUUCCAUUCUGCAUGACACUGGGUAUCUUGGCGAAUACAGAGAUACGAAACAUCAAGGCUGUAUCGACACGUGGCGUUGAUGAGUGCGCGACGAACUGGCCGGUCUUGAAGUCUCAAGCACACGAGACUACCUUGGCGCUGGAUGUACGCUCUCCAGUAGUGGAUAAGGAGCAUCUGAAGCAGGGAGUGGCAGAGGCAGUUUGGGUCGUACUUGACCUCGACGAUCCGGCUUGGGCAUCAUAUGAGCACUUCACAGUGAAGGUCUCAAAUCCGGCAUCGAUUUCUGCCGACGUUGAACUGGAGAUAUUCACCCUAUCCGCCCUUACUGCUCAGUACAACAAUAUGAGCGCUGUAGACCCGGCACAUUCGAUCACAUCCCGCAAACAGUACGCGCAUAUCUCCGCCAAAAUCUCCAGUGUUGCAUCCCCACCACACUCGGGGAGGAUAAUGACGGCACGCUUCAUUCUGUCCAUUGAGCCGCUGUCAUUGGGCGUUGUGCCCAUGUCAGUCUUACCGUUGAUCGCUUCUAUCCCCGUCUUGAUACUAUUGGCACAUCUGGCCGGGACCUACUUGGUGCUCCCCUUCUUGGAGUCCGUCGCGCGGGGCGCGCGAGCCGAUAUAGACGCGCAACACAAGAAUAGAUGA